CGCAAUAUAUAUGUAAUCUGUGAUUAUGGCGGGAGAUUGUGAGAUUGAAAUGGACAAGUGGUAAAAUGAGGGAUUGAAGAAUGUUGUGGAAAAGCCAAUGAAACCCAAAGACAUUGAUACAUUACUGUUGCUUGGGUCACUUGAUGUAAAUCAUUCCAUUUUUCUUUAUCAGUUUGCAGUUCACUGGGCACAGCAAGGGAAGAAAGUUCUUCAUAUCUCGGUGAGACGGUAUUCUCGAAUUCCACCACAGAUUCAUGGCCUGUGCAGUCCAGGAACUGAAGUUUUUAGCUUAAUUAGAUUUGUGUACCUACCAACAUGGCAGGAUCUUCUGAAGUUCCUUUACACUAUCCACACACAUGCAUCCAUUCCAUAUGUUAUAUUGUUGGAAGGAUUGGAAGAUUAUUGUAUUAUGAAUGAUCAUUCUCAUCCAUCGACUGAAAAACAUGAAAAUGAGAUGCUGAAUGCCCUGAUCUGUGGAUCUUUGCUGGAUGCUGCUUCUGUUUGUGCAAAGUACUCUAAAGAUAAAGCUGUACUGGUUGUUUCAGUUAAACAUGAUAGCCCACAGGCAUCUGUAGUUCAGACUCUUGUAGACACAUUCUUCUUCAAUUAUGUUUGGUUACAAAAUGUUGAGGGUGAAAAUGGAGAAAUCAUUCGUAUGAAAAGUUUGAUGUCAUAUCCUAGUCAAGAACAAAGAACAGUUCUUGAAUUUGAAUGUAAGUCUGAGGGUGAUGUGUUUUUGAAGAAGAUUCUAAAAUUUUUUAAGCAGUGAGUAGCAGCUGAUGUUGCGUCUGCUGCUGCUGCUGCUGUUGUUAUUGUUGAGAAUAUGAGUUGUUUUAAAGAGACAGAAAUUUAAAAUGUCAAAUGAUUUCCUCAGUAUUUGCAAUAUUGAAAUGUUAGCACAAUUAUUUCCUUCUGAACCUGAAAACAACAAGUGCACGCAGAGGAAAUGAAUUGUAUUGAAAUUUAUUGAUAAAUAAAACCCAGUUGAUUUGUUCACUUA